AUGCCGGACCACCUCCUCGACCCCGUCGCUCGCCUCCCCGUCCUCGCCCCUUCCCGAUCCAUAACUGGAUCGGGGCACGACCCCGACGCCGCCAUCGCCCCGCGUGCCUCGGCCUCCUCCUCGUCCCGUGCCGGGGCCGCUGUUCCUGCGCCGCGCCAUCGACCCCGUCGUCUCGCCGCACUCAUCGCCGGCAACCCGGACGCCGCCCCUUCAUCGUCCUCCUCCCCGAGCCCACUGCCCAUCCCCUACGGCCAUCGUGAGCCCCUCCUCUCCUUCUCUCUUUCCCCCGCGCCCGUAGCUCACCCGCUCCGGCGCCCGUCGCACGCGAGCCCCGCUCACUUGCCGCCCUUGCCAUCCGCCGUCCCACUUCGCUCUGCUCGCGGACGCGCCCUGCCUCGCUUCGAGACCACGCCCGCGACCUCCCGUGGCCGCGCCCGUCGCGCCUGCGCGACCUCCCGUGGCCGCGCCCGGAGUUCUGCUCCCCUGCGCCUGCUCCACUCCCUCCGCCGCCCUGCGCCACUCCGGCCGGCCGUGCCUCGCCGGCGCUGA